GUUUGGUUGUAUGUUUCAAGAAACAAUGGCAACAAAAUUAAAUUUUCCUGUGAUUAUUUUUUUUUAUUUAAUUUAUUUAACAUGUGUUUUAAAUGCCAAUCCGGUUAAAAUGGAGGAAAUGAAGAAGGAAAUGGACUACUUUAUGAAUUAUGGAUAUUUGGAUGAAAAAGGCAUGGAGAAAUAUGAGCAGAUGAAGGAGUCAAAAGACAUGAUGAAGGAACCUAUGAUAAUGGAGUCGCACAAAAAGGCAGUUAUGGUUUUCCAGAAAAUGAACCGUAUGGCUAUGACUGGAGAAAUGAACGACAAAAUGCACAAAAUGAUGGAGGCGCCCAGAUGCGGUAAUCCUGACAUGCGUAUGGGCGAACCUUUGAAACCUAAACGAGCAAAGAGAUUCGCGGUUCUAUGCAACGAUAACAAGGAGUAUGCCAAAGUUCCCAAACGUCACAUAACAUACAGUAUAUUAAACGAAUCGAAAUCAAUGGAUAGCGAUACAGUGGAAAGAGAAAUAAGGCGAGCCUUCGCAUUUUGGAUCAAAAAAACCAAUUUUACGUUUUCACAAGUUCAAAAUGAUGGGUAUUUCCGAAUAAGCUUUGAAACUGGAGUGCACAGCAAUGAAAAGGAAUCCAGUGGAUUUGAUGGGGAGGGAAUGCGUUUGGCGCAUGCUUUUGAUUUUCAUGGAAGAAGUCCCGAAGGCUACCAAGCAAUUCACUUUGACGAUGAUGAAGAUUGGGUUGUGCAAAACGAUGGGAUCAAUUUACUUCAGGUUGCCACUCAUGAAAUUGGCCAUGCUUUAGGACUGGCUCACGAGUCGUUUAUCUAUGAUGCAGUGAUGACACCACUUUAUCGUUAUCGACCCUUCUUCGGCCUAUUCGAAGACGAUGUUAAAGGAGUUCGAAAAGUGUAUGAUGGAGGAGAUGAAGAUGCCAAAAAUUGUUUCAGAAAUGUAACUCAAAUUAUGUCCGAUAUGAAUAUAACUAUGAAAGAGAGCUAAACUAUUCGCUAUUCGCUGAUUUAUAUCGGGCUUUAAUAAAAAUUGUAUAUUACCA